AUGCCCUCAAUAACAAAUUCAAGCUCAAAGAAGCGCAAAGUCGUAAAGAGCACCGGUGCUCCUUCUUCGAAACGCCGCGCUGUGGCUGAAGAAGAUGUCUUUUCGGAGACAUUGUCAAAGGUUCAGCAACUGGAGGAGCAAAUUGCGGAGUCUCGGAAAUAUUACAACAAUAUCGCAACACUCCUUUCCAUGUUGAACGUGGACAAUUCCGCGAAGAAACCUGAGCUGGCAGUCGCCGUAUCAUUAUGCCGUGUGUUCAGUCGAUUGAUGGCAGCUGGCAACCUCUCUGAAAGCAGUCGCGAUGCCGAAAAUGAGAAGCUCGUGGUGGCCUGGUUAAAGGAACGAUGCUCGGAAUAUCAGAACGCGCUGCUGUCUAUCAUCCGCGAGGCUGAUUCCACCUCUCAGGUCACCGCUCUUACACUCAGUAUGCGACUUGUGAAAGAAACAGUGAGCCACAUUGAGGGAGCCAACAGCAGCGUUUGGUCAGGUCUCUUCAGGAAUAUUAUCGAGGCCCUUGUGGAGGCACGAGAUGGCGAGGAAGUUCGCGGUGAAUUCCUCACCAAGUUUGUGAAGGAGUACGAAGACAUUAGAUUCCAUACUUUUGCGCAAAUAGCGGAAUACGCCGGCACGCGCCGGAAAGCCGAUAUCAUGGAAAUUCUCAUCUCUCUUCUCUCAGCAUGCGAUGAAGCCCCGGGCUCCGACCAUCAAAUCGAUGUCGAAUCUUUCUUCGCAGUUGCCGAUCCAAACAACAAGCGACUCCGCACAGUACACGGCCACAAGCGGCGAGCACAGGACGCGUGGCUUGCUAUUCUGCGCAACAACCUUUCCCAGGCCCAGCGAAAAGCGCUGCUGCGUAUCAUGGUGCACACCAUCGAGCCCUGGUUCACACGUCCUGAGCUUCUUAUGGACUUCUUAACCGAUUCUUAUAACGAAGGCGGUGCCACUUCGCUUCUCGCUCUAUCCGGUCUCUUCUACUUAAUUCAAGAGAAGAAUUUGGAUUAUCCGCAAUUCUACGCGAAGCUUUACUCCCUCCUUGACGCAGACCUCUUGCACUCCAAGCAUCGAUCACGAUUCUUCCGCCUCCUGAACACCUUCCUCGCCUCCACCCAUCUUCCGGCUACUCUGGUAGCAAGUUUCAUCAAGCGACUCUCGCGUCUCGCACUCAAUGCGCCGCCCUCGGCCAUCGUUGUCAUCGUGCCAUUUAUGUACAAUCUUUUCAAGAGCCACCCCACCUGUACUUUCAUGAUGCACCGCGAAAUUCGUGAUAAAGAUUUUGCGGCGGAUAUUGAGAAGGAGGGCUACGAAGAUCCAUUUGAUCCUCUUGAGGCCGACCCGACUCGGACCAACGCAAUCGAAAGCAGCAUCUGGGAGAUCGAGUCACUCCAGUCCCACUACCACCCGAACGUUGCUGCGAUCGCCAAGAUUAUUUCGGAGCAAUUCACGAAACAAGCCUACAAUUUGGAGGACUUCCUCGAUCAUACCUACCAAGGUAUGGUUCAAGGUGAACUGGGCACUGGCGAAAAGCCGCUACGGAAGACCCCCGUGGUGGAGUACCAAAUUCCCAAACGCAUCUUCACAGACAGAUUGCUGCAAGAGGAUGGAGGUCUGGAUUCAGGUGCCGGCUGCUUCAUGCGUGGACUUUGGGAUUUCUCUUAA